AUGGCGAAAACCAAGAAAGAGCUGCUCGCGUCAGCGCCAUGGAGGGUGGGACCACAGGAGGACAGCGAUAAAUUCAAAGACGCGAGGAUGAAGGUGACGUCACAGCCCGGUACAACAUCCAAGAUGCAUGUCCCGGGCAAGAAGAAGUACAAAUCCAAUAACGACGACGUUGGAGAAGAUCCCCUGACCGAAAUCGACCCCGAGCUGCGCUACAGCUUCCAGCGCAAUGUCCAGUUUCUUGAGCGGGUGUUUAGCAUUGAUACGAUUGUCAAACCUCUUCCACCUGCAAUGGCGUAUUAUGCCCAGCGCAAUUUGAGAUUUUUCACGAGGAUCUUCACACAGUUCUUUGAUCCCGAUGGCAUAGCCGAUGCACAGAAAUCACUUGGAUUGGGCCAGGAAAAGAGAGAUCGUAGAGUUGGUUGA